AUGGAGUUGGUAAGAAGUGUCUUCUCCAAAAAUCGUUCUUUUGGGUCUCAUGAAAGCAAAGUGAGACGCAAUACUGUGGAAAAUAGAAGAUGGGUAUCUGUUAGAUCGUACUUGUGUGGCGACGAGUUCAAUUCAGUCCUUGCAGAGGAAGAUUCAGCUUCAGUUAAGAGCUCUGAAGCCACGGUUACACAGCCAAUACCCGAGGAGUUGACUGAUAAAGGAGACACCAAGAGUGAAGAAACUGUGGAGAAUGUAACACAGAAAAGGCCAAAUUCAAACACCAAAUUAUUGAAUGAGGAAGAAGCAGCUAUUCUUAUUCAAUCAGCAUAUAGAGGCUUCCUGCUUAGGCGUCAAAAUGAAGAAAUCAGAUUGAAAACUGGUAAAGAAGAGCUCAAUUUAGUAACAGAAAGUCCAGAUAGCAAGUCCAUGGGCACAUCAGUUGAAGUCCAAACUGGGAACUCCACGGAAGUUUUCUCGGUUGAAGGAGAAAAAAUGAGCAUUUACCAGCGUAUUCAACGCAGGACCAGAACUCAAGCAAUAAAGCAAAAGGAUGACUGGGAUGACAGCACCGUGAGUAGCUAUGUUUCAAAAAUGAGGAGACAGAACAGAAUGGAGGCAACAACCAGGAGGGAAAGAGCACUAGCUUAUGCUUUCUCACAACAGUUACGAAUUUGUUCAAAGAGAAAAUCAACAAAAUAUAACAGCAUGGAAUCAAAUAUGAGCUGGAGCUGGCUUGAACGGUGGAUGGCAACCCGUCUUCCAGACACCUCAUCAGUUGAAAGCCAUGCUAUGAAGCAGUAUGACCCUUUUAUCAGUAAUCACAAAUUCACAAUCAAGACAAGAUUUUUAGAUACUGCUGGGGAAGAAAAAGAGAGUUGUGGGUCAAAUGAAGUGCCCUUUCAUUUUGAUAACUUAUCAAUAAAUUCAAGAGAAGAAAAAGUUAGCUUCAAACCACCAACAGCGAAGACCAACUUUAAAGCUAGGAGAACUGUGUCAAGGCGGAAAACAGUGCCAAGUUAUCAAUUCCCUGAAGAGCAGCCAAAGGUAGGCAAGAGAGAUGGUUCAAACAAUGCUAGCAACGAUAUUAAGCAAAAACAAAAGCAACUAGGAAGCAAAACAGAAAUGACAUUUAGCACCUCCAAAGCUUCUGAUGUGUAAAUUCCAACAUUUAUCUGCCAAAUAAAGUCAACUUAUGUGUGUAACCAAAAAAAAAAAGAAAAUGAAAAAGAAAGUCAACUUGUGUGUCUGGUGUUGAGAUGUAAUGGUUGGAUUCUCUUGUAGAUUCUUGAUUCCAUCCUCUUAU